CCGCCCAAGUUGUGCCGCUGGUGCGGAGCGCGGGGGCAGCGGUGCCUCCGCCGCAGCACCGCCUUCCUCCGCUUUAUGCCUUUUUUUUUAUCCCCCCCCCCCCAUCCUCCCCGGUCGCCUGAAAUCCCCGUGAAAGCCACCGAAGGGUUCUGGCAGGAAGGGGCCAGCACAUCUCCAUGGGAUGAUGCCCGCUCUCCACCGGUGGAAUACCGCCGGGAAUGAAGUACACGCUCGACAUUUGCUGCAUCUGCCGGAGCGUCAGGGUUCGGUGGCUGCCUCCCCUUCAACCAGCUGUUCCGGUUAAUCACUGCGCUUCCAACUUUUGCUUUGCAAUGCCUGAUGGCCAGUGGAGUCGAGAGAACUAGCACGGCAUUUUUAGGACCCUAUAAAAAAACCCUCAAACCCCAUACCCUUCAUUUUCCUAUUUCUGCACAGGACUGGCGAGUCACACGUUAAACAUCCGUGUAAAGACGUUUCUGUCUAAAGGAUUGCCACAUUUUUGAGUCCUCGCAAACUGGAGUGCCCAGGACGAUUUCUGCCUGGUCUUGCUGCCGUGGAGUGAGGGAGCAGCGUGUGCGCUGCAGCCGCACUCGGCAGCGGGAGGCAGCCCGAGUGAGCCCGGGCUGGCUGGGAAAGGAUUCCAGCGCAGGCAGGGAGAGAGAACGGAGCGGCUGUUACAAUUAGUUGAAUGAUUUGACAGAUAACAGCAGACAUGCUUUGUGGACUGAAAAAGGAUUUGCAGUCAGACUUUGACGAUGGCCCUUACUCGAAGGGGAGCAAGGACUCUGGUGGGAUGGACGCAGCCCUGGUCUCCAGGAGGCAAAGCAUCCCAGAGGAGUUCAGAGGGGUCACCAUCGUGGAGCUGAUUAAGAAGGAAGGAAGCACCCUUGGGUUAACCAUUUCAGGUGGUACAGACAAAGAUGGAAAGCCAAGAGUCUCCAAUCUGAGGCCAGGAGGACUGGCUGCAAGAAGCGACCAGCUGAACGUCGGGGAUUACAUCAAGUCAGUGAAUGGCAUUAACCUGACCAAGCUGCGGCAUGAUGAGAUCAUAAGCCUGCUGAAAAACGUGGGCGAAAGGGUAGUGCUGGAAGUAGAGUAUGAGCUUCCGCCAGCCGUGCCAGAAAGCAGUGCUGGCAUUAUUCCCAAGACCAUAGAAGUUUCCCUCUACAAGGAAGGCAACAGCUUUGGUUUUGUGCUGAGAGGGGGAGCUCAUGAAGACUGGCACAAGUCCAGACCGCUGGUGCUCACCUACGUGAGGCCGGGUGGCCCAGCAGACAGGGAAGGGUCCCUGAAAAUUGGGGACAGGCUGCUGAGCGUUGAUGGGAUCCCUCUGCACAGCAUGACCCACGCUGACGCCCUCAACAUCCUGCGGCAGUGCAGCCAGGAGGCACUCUUCCAGAUCGAGUAUGAUGUGACCAUCAUGGAUACUGUAGCAAAUGCUUCUGGUCCUUUACUAGUUGAGAUAGCAAAGACUCCAGGGUCUACACUGGGAAUCACACUGACGACAGCCAUGCACCGGAACAAGCAGGUGAUUGUCAUCGACAAGAUCAAGCCGGCCAGCGUGGUGGACAGAUGUGGUGCGUUGCACGUUGGUGACCACAUUCUUUCCAUCGACGGCACGAGCACAGAGCACUGCUCCUUGUUAGAGGCAACUCAGCUUUUAGCUGCCACUUCAGAAAAUGUCAAGCUGGAGAUAUUACCUGUUCACCAAAGCAGGCUGCCUUUGAAGCCUCCAGAAACAGUCAAGGUGCAGAAGAGUGACCACCACCACUGCUGGGACCCCUGUGUCAACUACUGUCACACUCACCACCCUGGACACUGCAAGACACCCACUUGGAACCAGACAUCUGGACAGGAUUACUGCAAAUCUCUGGUGGCUGCCAACUUCUCGUCUCCCACCAUGAAUGCGCAGGGCUUCCCUUGCCAGAACUCGAACACGCUACCUCGCAGCUCCCACCCCAUGAGCCCCCGCACCACCAUGCUGAGGAGGAGGCAAAAGAAGAAGGAGCACAAGAGCUCGUUGUCACUGGCCUCCAGCACAGUGGGUCCUGGCGGGCAGAUAGUCCACACAGAGACAACAGAGGUGGUGCUCAGGGGAGACCCUUUGAAUGGCUUCGGACUUCAGCUCCAGGGAGGCAUCUUUGCUACUGAAACUCUGUCUUCCCCACCUCUCGUCCGCUUUAUUGAGCCUGACAGCCCGGCAGAGAGGUGUGGGCUGCUACAGGUAGGAGACAGAGUCCUUUCUAUCAACGGCAUCGCGACUGAGGACGGGACCAUGGAGGAGGCCAACCAGCUCCUGCGCGACGCCGCGCUCACGAACAAAGUGGUGCUCGAGAUCGAGUUCGACGUCGCAGAGUCUGUCAUACCCAGCAGCGGUACUUUCCACGUUAAAUUGCCCAAGAAAAGAGGUGUAGAGCUUGGAAUUACAAUCAGCUCUGCAAGCAGAAAGCCUGGGGAUCCUCUGAUCAUCUCUGACAUCAAGAAGGGGAGCGUCGCACACAGAACUGGCACCUUGGAGCCGGGAGACAAGCUGUUAGCCAUUGAUAACAUCCGACUCGACAAUUGCUCAAUGGAGGAUGCUGUGCAGAUUUUAAGGCAGUGUGAAGACCUGGUCAAAUUGAAGAUUAGGAAGGAUGAAGAUAACUCUGAUGAGCAGGAGACAACUGGUGCCAUUAUCUACACAGUGGAGCUGAAGCGGUACGGUGGCCCCUUGGGAAUAACCAUCUCUGGGACAGAGGAACCUUUUGAUCCCAUUGUCAUUUCGGGCUUGACUAAACGAGGUCUGGCAGAGAGGACUGGAGCCAUCCACAUCGGCGACCGGAUAUUAGCGAUCAAUAACGUGAGCCUCAAGGGCAAACCGCUGAGCGAGGCCAUUCACCUGCUGCAGAUGGCGGGAGAGACGGUCACCCUGAAGAUCAAGAAGCAGACAGAGAAAUCCUAUCCCAAGAAAUCGGGGAGUAUAAAUGAAGUGAGUGACCCAGAAGAUGAACUGACAGACUCCCAGAAAACUAGCAAGCUGUCUGAGAUAUACUCCACCGCAAUUCCUAGUGUGGACAAUACUAUGGAGUCCUGGGAUGGCUCUGCCAUUGAUGCUGGGUAUGGAAGCCAAGGUACCUACAUACCUCAGGCUGCGGGCAUAGCCCUCCAUCCACACGAAUGGAGACACAGCAGGCAAAAGAGCAGCACCCCUCCAGGGGACCCCAGAAAAAACUACCCCUACAUGGAUGGAAGCUUCAAUGAAGAUGACUGGGACAAGCCCAGCAGAUACCCCAACCGCCAAAAUGGCCUUGAGACCACUCACGAGGAUAAUUUUUGGCGUGUUUUUGGAGAAGCUUUGGAGGAUUUGGAAACAUGCGGCCAGUCUGAACUUUUGAGGGAGAUUGAGGCAUCCAUCAUGACAGGGAGUGUGCACAACCUGGGCUUGGAGGGCAGCAAGCUGCUCCUGGACUCUGUCAACCCAUCAGGAAUGAGCCCAUUGAGGAAAGCGAACUCCAGCUGUAGCGACGGACAGACUGAGGGCAGCAGCUCCCCUGCCAAAAAGAACGAGAGGAACCUGGACAUGAAGAAGAUUGAGAAGGAGAUGCAGGAAAUCAUGUCCCCGACUCCCCUUGAGUUUCACAAGAUGACACUCCACAAAGACCCGGAGAGGGAAGAUUUCGGAUUCAGUUUGUCGGAUGGCCUGCUAGAAAAAGGUGUCUAUGUAAAUAUGGUCCGUCCGGAUGGGCCAGCAGAUCAGUGUGGCCUCAAGCCAUAUGACAGAGUGCUUCAGGUAAAUCGCAUCCGAACAAGAGACUUUGACUGCUGUCUGGCCGUCCCCUUGAUUUCGGAGGCUGGAGAUAAGCUGGACCUGGUGAUUAGCCGAAACCCCUUGGCACUGGCUGCCAACGCUCCCUCGGAGGGGAACAGAGAGCAGGUGUCCCUCGGAGCCGAGGUCAAGGCGAGUGUCCAGACGCUCUGAGCGAUGGGAGCAGAGCAGACGAUGCCCAGGGCCUCUGCUGAGCCGUUGUGGUAUUUGGGGUGUUUCUCCUGUUUUUUGCACUGGUAUUUGUAAAUGCUGUGUGUACCAUAACCUGCAAGUGGGGAGGUGGGUCUUCAGUGAGCCUGUGGACCGCCAAAUAUUGCUGGGAAGGUCAGAGCUGGAUGUGCAUCUGGGGGCUGUGGCAGCGAUGGCGAUGGGACGAGCUGCCGACGGGAGGAAGGAGCAUCCACAGCCAUCUCCCAUGGCAGAUCAUCCCCCUGUGCCCCGGCCAUUGAGUGUGCAGGGUCCUGCCUCUGACAUCCUCCUCGCCCUGAAGGCCUUGGCCAUCCUAUAAACACACAUGGUGCUAUUAUGUUCCUUGUUUGCUCACUUAAUUGCAUACAGCAGGACUGAAAUGCCUUUCCUUUUAUGUUGUGCCCAUCUCCAUCCUUCCGACACUCCUGACAAACCAAGUCCUGCAGCCCCUUGCACUCCCGGUGCAGGGGAGUGGAGAAUGCUGGCUAAAAGACAUUUCAAAAUGUGCUGGAGAGUGGCUAGAUUCAAUUCUUGUUCAAAAGUUGGUAUUUGCAGCUGCCUCCUGACAGCCCUGUCCACACUCCCCCAGGCCUGGCUCGCCCCACAGUGGGAUGAGGCACCUUGUCUUGGCAUGGAUUCCCAUGAACAAUGUGGUUACCUGUGCUGCAGUACUUAAUACAGAGUAGAGGCUGUACCCAAGGGUAAAAGCCUUGAGUACCUGCUCAAAUCCCCAGCCACCUUGUUUGUCUGAGCUUUAUGGAGAUCUCUUGCUUACAAACCUGGCCUAUGCCUGCAAGUAAAUAGCAGAAUAGUGAAAUUCCCAGAGCUGCCCCUGAUGUUUUGAAUUAAUGAAACCAUGUUGUCUCCCAUCAGGCAGUGGCAUGACAAGCCCUUUGUUAGGUGGAGGUUGUGUCCCUGUGUCCCAUGGGAGCUGGGCAGUGUGUGUUUGCCUGUUGCUGGCCUCAUGUAGCUUUGCAAGUGUGAUGCUCCCCUCCCUCCCCAGAGCCCCCGGCCCCGCCUGGAAGAGGGGCUGUGAUGUUUGCAUUGGUGCCCUCAUCUGCCUGCCAUGUUCCACCUAUUAGCACUUUAUGAUGAUGUUUGUGUCCUGGUGGUGGCGUGAUCCUGGCAUCGCUUUCCCCGGGAAGGCUGGGGCACAGUGGAGUGGAGGAGCCUGUCAGUCGGACACCGCAGCCCCGAGCCCACUGCGCCCGUUCCCUGCUCACCCUUUUGGCUCCUCCAUCACCACCUCAAGGGGUGCCCAGAGGUUGUUGGAUGGGUGUACAGCACAUGUGUGUCGCUUUGCUGAGCCAGGACUUCUCCCCCCACUGUCUGUCCCUGACAUCCCUCUGUGAUAGCACAACGUAUCAGGGUGUUUCUUCCAGACACGUGCCCGGCCCCAUCCAGCUAUUUGUCGUCGUAGCCAUUUUCUCUUUGAGUAUGCAAUAUCCCAUACCAUUGCUGCCACACCUAGAUAAUGUGCCAUAAUUGAUACUGUGGAGCAUUGACAGUGCAGCCGAAAGUGUUUUUAUAUGCAAUAUUCUGAGCAGUGGAAGCUCACUGGGGCUUCUCAUAGGUUUUUAAUGAAGACUUUUAUUAAAGGCUUUAAAAAAAAAAAAAGGAGGAAGAAAAACUUGGUCCUUGUAUCCCUUCCUAUGCAUUUUGAAUGAUAUGAAGAUGAAAUGCAUUACUUAAAUGUGUAUUUUUAUCCAUAUAUUAGAGUGUAUUCCUUGUAAAGUAUUUUUAUAUGCUAAUUUUCUUAUGUAUCUAUGAAAGCACAAUAUUUAAAAGUACAGCAUUUCAAAGAAUAUUUUAGUCCUGUUUUGGACCUAUUUGUAAAUCUCUGUAUUUAAAUGGGAUUGCAAUGACUUUGACUUUUUUUUUUUUUUUAAUUAAAUAAAAGCAAAUGAAAUGCA